UUUCAAUUGUCUGACCUCUGACUAUCGUGUAAAACCUUAAAAAGCGCAUAAAAACAACCCUCGCCGUCAACCAGUGAUCUUGGAUAACAUAGAAUCUACAUAUGACUACGUUUCCCAUGAUGCAUCGACGUCGUCUAUGAACCCCUCUCCUAUGUACACAGUACGUACUACUGCUGACCUAACUGCGCAAGCCGUAGUAGAUUUGUAAACACACUUGCUGAACUUGCCCUUUGGUUACGGGGCGCAGAGGGAAAUCCACUUGAUUUAUGUAUCUGCUAAAACGCGCUGCCGCUCUUGAACAUACCCUCGGUUUAUAUUUGGCUUAAAGGAGACGCAACAAAGCGCACAAAAUGGUUGUGCUGUAGGCCCGGACGAAUAAGUACGAUUACUAUGGCUUUAAGAACAAGAAAAUAGUGUCUGCUUCUUUAAAAUUAUAACACUUUAUUGCUGAAUAGGUAAUUAAAGAAACUUAGAAGUUUCUAAUUAAUUAUUACUUGUGUUUAAUUUGCGAAGAACUCAACAGAAAAAUGCAUCACUGUUGUUUUUGGGCCGCUUGUCGUCAAACCGUCUUUAAAGCAGAUGUAGUCAUUUUUUCAUCACUUUGCGUUUAAACCUGCUCGACUUAAAGAGUAUCCCGAGGCGGGCCGCGCUGCCCUCACUGUGAUGGAACCAGCGAGCGACCGAGAUGGGGAUGUAAAUAAUGGUGAUAAGCCAGCCGAGGACAAGGCCUCAGAGAAGACCCCGGCGAACAGUACGCCCGGUGCCCCGCGGAGGGCGCUUAGGGAGCGGGGAGCGGGCCGACCGAGGUCCGGAGCCUCUGCUGCUGCAGCAGAAGUGAACGGAGCCGCUUCGAGCCCCCUGACCUCAGGGCGGGUGUUGAGGGACAGGUCGACACGAGCUGUACCGGCCUGGCUGAAGGACUCCAGAAGUGACGACGACGACGAAGAAGAAGCGGCUCCAGAGAGCGGAGCGGCAAAGCGGAGGAAAGUUUCCAACUCGAGGAGGAAGAAAAUUUCUGACUCCGCGAGUGCGGUGGAGGCUGAGGAGGAUGUUCCAGCAGACAUCCUUCAAGGCGCAGAGUCAGAGGACCCCAAGAAAAAAACAGCAGAUGGACAAGCUCUUCCCUCCAGACGCCCCUCAGCCCAAACCGGCUCUGCCAAGCCUCCAGCUGGCAGGACGGCCCGGGGGCUCGCCAAGCCUGUGUGUAAGACCGAACCUGGAAUGGAGAAUCCAGCAGUGGUGGAAGGAGAGAAAAACGACAAGGAGAAGAGUGACGCCGAAAGAAAGAAAGAGGUUGAGAAGGACGCCGCCACUGAGCCAGCGCAGGUCGACGAAGAGCCUCUGUUCCAGGAUGACCCGAAUGAUCUCAACUACCAACCACCAGCUCAGAGCAGUCUAGAGGAGGACGAGGCUCUGAGCUCUGAUGAAGAUCUGGCCUUCAGAGACGACCUGAACGAUCAGAGUUAUGAUCCCAGGGAUGAAAGGGAUGCCCCCAAACCAAAGCGCAGAGCUCCUCUGAGAAACAAGGAGAAGAAGGAAAAAGACAAAGCGCCUAAGAAAGAAGAAGAGGUUGAUGAGAUUAAAGUAGAAAGUUCAGAGAAUGUUGAAAUCGUGCAAGAGGAAGUAAAGAUGGAGGAGGAAGUUACAGAUGAUCCAGAUGGACCCAGGAAAAGAGGUCGUCGGAAAAAAGACGACAAAACUCCACGGCUGCCGAAGAGAAGGAAGAAGCCGCCGGUGCAGUAUGUGCGCUGUGAGAUGGAAGGAUGUGGGACCGUGUUGGCUCAUCCUCGAUACCUCCAGCAUCACAUAAAGUAUCAGCAUUUACUCAAGAAGAAGUACGUUUGCCCUCACCCGUCAUGCGGGAGGCUCUUCCGCCUGCAGAAGCAGCUGCUGCGCCACGCCAAGCACCACACAGACCAGAGGGACUACAUCUGUGAAUUCUGUGCUCGUGCCUUCAAAAGCUCCCACAACCUGGCUGUGCAUCGCAUGAUUCACACUGGGGAGAAGCCUCUACAGUGCGAGAUCUGCGGGUUUACGUGUCGCCAGAAGGCCUCUCUGAACUGGCACAUGAAGAAGCACGACGCCGACGCCACCUAUCGGUUCUCUUGCCCUAUUUGUGGCAAGAAGUUUGAGAAGAAGGACUGCGUCGUGGCUCACAAGGCCAAAAGCCACCCAGAGGUUUUAAUCGCUGAGGCGCUGGCGGCAAAUGCCGGCGCCCUCAUCACAACCCCUGCCUCGCUGCUCGAUCUGCCGGGAAACCCCAUGCAAGGAGAAGUCCCAGGCGUUGAUGCUGCUGCAAGUGGUGCGGUGGACCAGUUGGGUCAGGACGUUGCUCAGAUAUCCCAGAUGAGUCACGUGGCCCAGCAAGUGAGCCACCAGGUGGUUUUACUGGGUCAAGACCAGAGCCUUCAUACCAUGCAGGUGCCAGUGACUAUUGCCCUGUCCCCCAUCGAUCCCCCGUCGCCCGCCGACGACCAGCAGCAGACACAUCUCCAGCUGCAGAUGCCCGUCCAGUUUGUCCAGACUGCUCCCCAGCAGCAGCAGCAGCAGCAGCUGACCCUCCACUCCGGCUCUGUGGUGACGCAGCACCAGGCUCAGCUGCACCCGCUGCAGCCGUACUCGCCCGAACAGCAGAGCGCCGGGCAGACCCAGAUCCUACAGAUGACCUUCCAGCCCGUCAGCCAGUCCCAGACCCACAUCCAGCAGAUCCCCAUCCUGGCUUCUUCGCCGCAGCUUCAAACCCUUCAGACCGCCGCUCCCAGCCCGCCUCUGCUCUCAGCGUCCCAGAGUCAGGCGUCCACGAGCGACGGCGGCUACAUCCUGGACGCCUCUUCGGCGUGCGCCUCCCACCAGCCGACAGACAUUGUGGGAGAAAACAGCGUGGUGUGGGAGCAGACGGGAGAGAGUGAAGUUCUGUCUGACGGGACAGAAGGAGACGUGCAGCAGGUCCUCAUUUAACAGGGACUGUACUGUAAUGCCACCUCCAAGGUAACUGUAGGUUCACUAUUAUAUAAUGUACUGUUCACACUGGUAGCAUUUUAGAAUAUCUGUAUCAGGGAAAGGUCUGUUUGUGUAUGCCUUUGUAAAUAACAGUCCUGUAACUAGCCGUUAACGUCUGUGUAUAAUGAUUUUAUGUGGCAGUGAUGCAAUACGAUUGAGGAUUAGGCAUGGAAGCAUCAAAACUUGGCAUCAAAGUGGGAAAAGGUGAUUUUAUUUAUAUAUAUAAAAAACACACACUGGGGGCAGCUUUUUCUUCAAUGAUGAAGAGAAGGAAAAUGGAAAUUCAAGACGCCUGUAAGACGAACCGCUAGUGAAACCAUGUUGACGUGUUUUUAUGUGCAGCUGCUUGUCGUUUGUUGGCUAAAGGGAGGAUAACCUUUUCAUGAUGAGUUAUUUCGGAAGCCCUCUCUCACUAUUAAGUAGACAAACUAAUCAUGGACAAACACGUUCAAUUGUCAGCAAGCCACUUUCAUUGAUUUAUCAAUAAUUUAUAAACUGUAAUGUCAUUUGACUGUAAUCUCAUAUUAGUUUCAUUCUAGCCUAAGACAAGACACUGUUCAUUUAGAAGAUGUAAAUAAAUGUCUUAACACAUAAA